GUCUGUCUGUCUGUCUCUCUCUCACACACACACACACACACACACACACACACACACACACACACACACACACACACACACACACACCAUUCAAUAAACUCCCAACAGUUGAUUAUCACCUCCAGCAUCAAGUGUAAAAUCCUCUCCUUGGCACUCAAAGCCUUUCCUAACCUGACCUCCUCUUACUUUAACAAUCUUCUGACACCCUGUUAUUUAAGAACACUACUGGCCUUACUUUUCCUGGAACAAGACACUCCAUCUCUCUACUCUGUGUAUUUUCACUUGUUCUUCUCAAAGCCUAGAACACUCUUCACUCAUCGCCGUUCUCCUGGCUUCCUUCAAGUCUCAGUUAUUCUAAAAUCCCAUCUUCUGAAGGAAAAAAAAAGUCUUUCCCCACCCUCCUUAAUCGUAGUGCCUUUUCCUCAGAGACUAUUCCCAAUUUAUUUUGCAAAUAUCUUGUUUGUAAAAAGUUGUUAGUCUCCCGCUUUAGACCGCGCUCUUGGAGAAGAGAGACUCAUGUCUUUUUUUUUUUAAUCCCCUCCAGUGUAUAGAACUCAGUAGGUGCUUAAUAAAUGCAUGUACCCUGGCGCACACGCACGGACGCAGAUCUCCCCAUCGAGUCACAGUGACAAACGCAACCACGACCAUAGCGGUGUACAAUGUCAGUCACCUACAGAUACACACUCACACUCACAGAAUCGCACACAGAGGGAUUCAGUCAUACAUAUAAUCACAGUUACAAACACCGCCACGUGCACGCCAGUCACACGAGCCCCUUCGGGUCGUCAGAAGGGAACAAAAGCUCUUUCCCCGCCCCUCUCCUCCCCUCCCCGGGAUUCUCUCCCUUUUCCCCUCCCCCUCGAGGCUGGGAGGCUUUGUCCUCCCCUCAUUCUCCGCCUGAGUCCGAGAGGGUUUUAAGGCGGAGGCGGACUGGGCUGGGCUUGGGCCGAGGUGCGAGACCGAGGGGGUGGCGCUCCUGAGAGACGAGCCAGGUGAACUCCAGGAUGCCUGAGAGCCCCACCAACGAGGAAGCAGAGUCUCGCUCAGACCAUCCAGCUCGUGCCGUGCCCCAUGUUAGCUCUGACCAUGCCCAGCAUGCCCUGCGGACACUCAAUGUGUCCCGGCUCCGAGGUACCCUCACGGAUGUGGUCCUGCGGGCCGGCAACUGUGACUUCCCUUGUCACCGUGCAGCCUUGUCAGCUGGUAGCACCUACUUCCGGGCCCUGUUUGCUGGCGGUGGGCCCCAGGAGGAUAUGGUCCCCCUUCCGCAGGUCUCCCCAGGAGUCCUGGGCCUGCUCCUGGACCACCUCUAUGGGGCUGGUGUGAGCCUGUUGGAGGAGGAUGCAGCUGCUCUGCGGGCCCUGUCUGACCUGCUGGGGGUGAUUCCACUUCGGGAGGCCUGUGCCAACUUCCUGGAGGGCCGGCUUGGACCACAGAAUUGCCUGGCUUUUCUCAGGCUGGCUCAGACCUUCUCGAUGCCCUCGCUGGCAGAGGGGAGCCGCCGGCUGGUGCGCCAGGCAUUCCCAGAAGUCUCCCUCCAGCCUGAGUUCCUGGAGCUGGAGCUGGCCCAGGUGGCUGAACUGCUGGCAGAUGAGAGCCUUGUGGUUGCUAGAGAGGAGGCCGUGUUUGAGGCUGCCAUGCGCUGGGUGCGCCAUGACCCUCCUGCCAGACUCAGGCAGCUGCCAUGCCUGUUAGAGCAGGUCCGGCUUCCCCUGCUGGCCCCAGCCUACUUCCUGGAGAAGGUAGAGGCUGAUGAGAUGGUUCGGGCCAGCCGUGAGUGCUACCCGCUUCUGUUGGAGGCCCGCCAGUGCUUCAUCCUCGGGAGGGAGGGCAGCUCGUGGAGGGCAACCCCCAGGAGGUUUAUGGAUCUGGCUGAAGUGAUUGUGGUGGUUGGUGGAUGUGACAGGACCGGGCUCCUGACACUUCCCUUUGCUGGUGCCUAUCAUCCGUGGAGCCGCCAGUGGAAGACACUGCCUAGCGUGCCAGGCUGCACCAAAUCCGAGUUUGCCACGUGUGCCAUGAAGAACGAUGUCUACCUCUCAGGUGGCCACAUCCACAGCCGUGAUCUCUGGGUGUUCCGAUCUCAGCUGCAGACGUGGGUGAGGGCAGCUUCCCUGAAUGAGGGCAGAUGGAGGCACAAGAUGGCUGCUUUGCAAGGGCGGCUCUAUGCCAUGGGAGGCUUUGAUGGAGUCCGCCGCUUGAAGAGCGUGGAGUGCUAUGACCCUUUCUCCAAUACCUGGGCCCCCGUAGCCCCGCUCUUGGAGGCUGUGAGCUCAGCAGCCAUGGUGCCCUGCUGCAAUAAGCUUUAUGUGAUUGGAGGUGCUGUGGACAACACUGCCAACACAGACAAGGUUCAGUGCUUCGAUCCCAGGGAAGACAGGUGGAGCCUCCUUUCUCCAGCCCCCUUCACCCAGAGGUGCAUAGAAGCCGUGGCCCUGGAUGACACCAUCUACGUGGUGGGGGGGCUUCUGAGCAAGAUCUUCAGCUAUGAUCCACGCAGAGAUCUCUGGGCAGAGGCAGCUUCACUCCCUGGGCCCCUGGAGAGCUGUGGAGUGACUGUUUGUGGCAGGAGGAUCUACGUCCUUGGCGGUCGGGACUCGAGAGGACAAGGCACAGAUAAGACCUUCGCCUUUGAUCCGCUGAGUGGGCGCUUGGAAAACCAGCAGCCCCUACAGCGAUGCACCAGUGCCCAUGGCUGUGUCACCAUUCUUCAGCACUUGGGCCAGGGCCAGACCUACCCCAAAGGGCAGCGUAGGUCCAGUUGAGCCCAGAGCAAUACCUAGGGCAAAGCAAUGGAGACCAAGGCUACCCAGGCCUUUGGCCUCUGCUCCUAUCAUGUCUCCAUGUACAAAAAUCCAAUUAACUUAUCUUCCCCUUUUCUUACAGAAAUAAGACCUUAUUUUAAUUUCAUCCAUCCAAGCUGGCAAGUGUGUUAUUUCUGAGUGUGGACAAACCCUCUAGGAUUCCACUCCUU